GCCUUCAAAAACUAGGCGACAUGUCACGUUUGAAAUUGUGACUGUGCUUCUGCUUUCACCUGAAUAAUCACGCUUGAUAUGUGAAGGGACAAAGAAAUGAGUCGCAUUCGCUUGGCCUAAUUCAGAUACGCUUAUUGAUGGCUACGUCAAUUGGUGCACGCACCUGACUUCAAUCAAACAUUAGUACAGCCCAACCUAUAUAAUUGCACCUGAAUUCUACAGCAGUUCAUUUGGACAGGGUUAAAAUUACUAAACGUGAGUAUUACAACGAUACAUAGGUUUAUUUGCCUCAGCUAUAGCUUUAAACUAAGUUUAUUUGAAAAUGGGGAAGGAAAGAGCCCAUGUAAACGUGGUCAUCAUAGGCCACGUUGACAGUGGGAAGUCAACCACCACAGGUCACCUCGUCUACAAAUGCGGCGGUGUGGACCCAAGGACAAUCGAGAAGUUUGAGAAGGCUGCUGCCCAGUUGGGCAAAAGUUCCUUCAAAUAUGCAUGGGUACUGGACAAACUGAAAGCUGAGAGGGAGCGAGGUAUCACCAUUGACAUUUCUCUAUUGAAAUUCAACACCAAUAAAUACACUAUCACAAUAAUUGAUGCUCCAGGACAUCGUGACUUCAUCAAGAACAUGAUUACUGGGACAUCACAGGCUGAUGUUGCCCUCCUUGUGGUGUCUGCUGCUAAAGGGGAGUUUGAGGCUGGCAUCUCCAGGAAUGGGCAGACCAGGGAACAUGCAUUGCUUGCUUAUACGCUUGGUGUCAAACAGAUCAUUGUUGUAGUGAACAAGAUGGAUCUGACUGAACCGCCAUAUGAUCAGAAGCGAUUUGGCGAAGUGGUCCAAAGUGUGAAUGUCUUCCUUAAAAAAAUUGGCUAUGACCACACUGCUGUGCCGUUUGUUCCAGUCUCAGGCUGGACUGGGGAAAACAUGCUUGCCCCAUCUCAGAAAAUGCCCUGGUUCAAAGGUUGGAAGGUCAAGAGACGGGAGGGAAAUGUGAACGGGGCUACUCUCCUGGAAGUUCUGGACUCGAUUUAUCCACCAGUGCGCAUUGCCAACAAACCAUUAAGGCUCCCAUUGCAGGAUGUUUACAAGAUCGGCGGAGUUGGCACUGUUCCAGUGGGCAAGAUUGAGACCGGCAUUCUGGAGCCUGGCAUGAUCCUUACGUUCUCUCCAGCUAAACUGACUGCAGAGGUGAAGUCCAUUGAGAUGCACCACCAGGGUAUGCAGAAGGCCGGGCCUGGCCACAAUGUGGGCUUCAACAUCAAGAACGUGGCAGUUAAGAACCUCCGCCGUGGUGACGUGGCUGGCAAUUCUCAGCAUGACCCUCCCUCUGAUGUCAACAGCUUCGUGGCCCAGCUCAUAAUCCUAAACCAUCCUGGCAAAAUCAAGACCGGCUACUCUCCUGUGAUGGACUGCCAUACCACCCAUGUGACCUGCCGCUUUGCUGAGCUGCGGGAGAAGAUUGACCGGCGCACUGGGAAGAAACUUGAGGACCUCCCUCAGACCUUGCAGUCUGGCGACGGUGCCACUGUCAAGAUGGUCCCCAACAAGCCCCUCUGUGUGGAGAGCUUCUUCACAUACCCCCCUCUGGGUCGUUUUGCAGCGAGGGACCUAAAGCAGACGGUUGCUGUGGGAGUUAUUAAAUCAGUUGACAAGGACCAAGGUUCAAAGAAGCAUGCACAGAAAGGCCAAGUUUCAAAAUAAAUACAUUUGUUAGUUCUGUAUGAAGCGCUUUGAAGAUAAAGCAUUAAGUUGCCUAUUGUUUGUAUAUAAUUUUAGCAUUGUAAUACUUUAUUUUGUUUUGGGAAUGAAGUGGCUUCUAGAUUUGACUCAUCUGGAAUGACUUAAAUUGAAUGGCCUGUUGUGUUUUAGACUGGUGUGAGAAUGUGCAAGAGCUUCUGACUGAAAUAAAAGUCCUCUCAAAAUGA